AUGAACAUGGAGAGAGACGAGAGAUAUCUUGGUGUUACAGCGCCAAUAUCGACACACGAGUCUAGUGACAGAGAAAAAGAAGUUACGAUUACUCUCAUGGAGGAGCUACAUCGGCAAAAUACAUUCGAGUCAGCGGAGGAAGCGGCAACGCGGGAGCUUGUUCUGGGCCGUGUAGAUGCUCUCGUAAAAAAAUUCGUUCGAAAUGUUUCAAUGAAACGAGGUCUAUCCGAAGCUGCAGCCAAUGCUGCUGGUGGCAAGAUUUUUACUUUUGGAUCAUAUCGAUUAGGCGUUCACGGGCCUGGUUCUGAUAUUGAUACGUUGUGCGUUGUACCCAAGCAUGUUUCGCGAGAAGAUUUCUUUGAGGUGUUCGAGCCUAUGCUCAAGGAGUUGGAGGGUGCCACCGAAGUAGCGGGAAUACCAGAAGCGUAUGUACCCAUCAUAACAGCAAGCAUAUCUGGGAUACCUGUGGAUUUCUUGAUGGCACGCUUGGCUCUGUCUUCAAUACCAGACGACCUUUCACUGCAGGACGAUAAUCUAUUACGAAAUCUAGAUGAGCGAUGUGUGCGAAGUCUGAACGGUUCGCGGGUUGUGAAUGAAAUUCUUCGACUAGUCCCUGAUGUAGAGGUGUUCCGGAAUUCGCUACGUUGCAUAAAGCUCUGGGCAACGCGAAGAGCAAUUUACUCGAAUGUCAAUGGAUUCUUUGGUGGUGUUGCGUGGGCGAUAUUAGUCGCUCGAAUAUGUCAACUGUAUCCUAACGCUGUGGCUGGCGCUAUUGUCAGCCGCUUUUUUAUUAUCAUGUUCCGAUGGACCUGGCCACAACCCGUACUCCUCAAACAGAUAGAAGAGGGUCCGUUGCAAGUGAAAGUGUGGAAUCCCAGGCUUUAUCCCGCUGAUCGAGCACACCGUAUGCCCAUAAUAACACCUGCUUAUCCUGCGAUGUGCGCUACACACAACGUGACACAAUCAACCCAGAUGAUUACUACCGAAGAAUUUAAAAGAGCCUCCGAAAUCGUUGAUGGAGUUUUUGUCGGAACUGCGUCUUGGUCUGAGCUAUUUGCCAAGCAUGACUUCUUCCACAAGUACAGGUAUUAUCUACAGGUCAUUGCGUCUACUGGUGAUGCAGAAUUGCAGAUCAAAUGGGCUGGGACUGUUGAAUCUCGAAUAAGACAACUGGUCAUGAAAUUGGAGCAUGUUGAUUCACUGAUAUUGGCACAUCCUUUCAUCAAGGGCUUCGAGCGAGUUUCGUACUGCCUUUCCGACGAGGAAAUGCAUAUGGUUGCUCAAGGCGAUAUUUCGGAUGCUAUUUCUAAGCGAACAAAGCAAGACAUCGAGGACAAGGAAGGCUGUAGUGCCGUGUACUCGACUACCUUCUACAUCGGACUGGCAAUUGAACCGAAACAACCUGGCCUCGUUGGUCCUCGGCGCCUGGACAUAUCAUAUCCAACGACUGAAUUUACGAAGCUUGUCAAGAUGUGGGAAAAGUACGACGAUUCUACCAUGGGUAUCGUUGUUCGACAUAUCAGAAGUUCCGGUCUCCCCGAUGACGUCUUUGACCCUGGUGAACGCCAGCCGAAGUCGGCCCAAAAACGAUCCAAGGGUCCAGGCAAGUCGAGCCAUACUUCACCGGAUAUGCCGAACAAGAAAAUCAGAACGUCGUCCCAUCCUCCAACCAACGUGCCGCUGAAGUCAAGUUCGAAUGGACCUACCGCUAUGAAUCUGACGUCCAGUGCGGGACCUCCAGCAACAAUAUAUACUCCAAAGGAAACGACGUCUCGUGUGGCCGUUGCUAUGGGCUCAAUCUAACGCUGGAUCAAGAUAGGCCCGACAAGAAAAGUCGUCCUCAGGCAGCUUAGACCCCUCUAUCUCGCCUUGACGGCUUGGAUUAUUCAUCGGUGCUAUAUUUCUUUCACAGGGACCGUCACCGCCCGUAGAACUUGAUUCGCUCUCUUGUCCGACCCUGAGUACACACGGUAACGGUCUCCUUGAGCGUUGUCGGUAUUGUUCUUUCUUAAAUAAGUUGCUUCUUUCACAAAAGAACUUGCUUACUUGUCCUAGUCUCGUUAUAUCGAAUCUCUGGUAUCUGUUAUUUGUAUGGCGUCCGUCCUCGUUACUUUUCGAGACAUAACAUGUAUUUUAUAUCAAUAAUAUCUCUAUAAAUGCUUGUGUGCAUGC